AUGUCUGCUAAGGAUUCCAAAACUUUAGAAUUGUUUGCCAAGAGCAGAUUUGAAGAACACAACACUGAAGCUGACUGUUGGGUUAGUGUAAAGGAAAGAUUAAUCUAUGAUGUUUCAAGUUAUCUAAAGGAUAAUGCUGAUGCCGAUUCUUCAAUUUUGGAACAUGCAGGUAAGGAUAUUACCAAAUUAACUAAGACUAGGGAAUUUAAAUUCAUCUCUGAUGAAUACUUAGUCGGUUAUUUGGCCACUGAAGAAGAAGAAGUUAGAUUAUUAACCAACAAGGAUCACAAGGUUGAGGUUAAUUUACAAGAUGGUACUUAUGAUUCAACUGUCUUCGUUAAAGAAUUACCAGCUGAAGAAAAAUUUACUGUUGCUACUGAUUUAGGUAAGGAUUUCCAAGACCAUCAUUUCCUUGAUUUAAACAAACCAAUGUUAUGGCAAGUGUUAUUCGGUAACUUCACUAGAGAUUUCUACAUUGAUCAAGUUCACAGACCAAGACAUUACGGUAAAGGUUCUGCUCCACUAUUUGGUAACUUCUUGGAACCAAUUUCUUUGACUCCAUGGUGGUUGAUUCCAAUCAUUUGGGGCCCUGUCGUUGUCUACCAUUUAAGUGUAGCUUUAAACAACAUGAACAACAUCUUUGCUGGUUUCUUAUUCUGUUUGGGUAUCUUCGUCUGGACUUUGAUUGAAUACUGUCUACACAGAUUCUUAUUCCAUUUAGAUGACUGGGUCCCACAACACAAUAUCUUCUACACUUUACAUUUCUUAUUACACGGUGUUCAUCAUUAUUUGCCAAUGGAUCAAUAUAGAUUGGUCGUUCCACCAGCUUUAUUCUUAGUCCUUUGUACACCAAUCUACAAAUUGGUCUUUGGUUUGUUGCCAUUAUACUGGGCUUAUGCUGGUUUUGCUGGUGGUUUGUUAGGUUACAUCUGUUACGAUUUAACUCACUACUUCAUCCACCAUGUUAAGUUACCAAAGUUCAUGCGUAAAGUUAAGAAACAUCACUUGGAACAUCAUUACAAGAACUAUCAAUUGGGUUUCGGUGUUUCAAACUACUUCUGGGAUAAGGUCUUUGGUACCUACUUGGGUCCAGAUUCUCCAGCUUCUAUUAUGAGAUACAAAUAA